AUGUACGAUGUGACCAAGCUCGUGCAUGGACUGAGGCGCAUGGGGUUCACGACGGACAUCGAGGCCCUGCCGGCAGGAGACCCAGCACUCCAAAACUCCGUCGUCCCGGAGAUAGCGGAGAGUGCCGCUUCCAGCAUCGCUCAGCAGGCUGCUGCCGCGGCCAAGCACGCUUCAGAGGCCCUGGAGGCGCUGCUCGCCCUGCAUCCCACCCACCCAGCGGGCGCCAUGCUGGCUUCGGCAGCCCAGGCUGCUGCCGCUGCGGCUGUCAGGCUGCUGACAGGGGAAGACGCGCAGGCGCUGACCUGGCGCGACAUCACGGGGGGCGCCCCCGAGCUGCAGGGCAUCCUGGACGGCAUGCCCGAGGGCGACCUGGCCCUGGUCAGCUGGCAGGCCGACUGGGUGCCCGCCAGCCUGGCGGCCGAGGCGGCGCUGGCCCUGCGCCCGCCGCGCGGUGUGGCGGCGCUCCUGCGCGUGCGCAUCGAGGCCACGCCCGCCAACCGCGCGCUGGCCGUGCGGCGCGUGGCCGCGCUGCCGCAGGCCAAGCGCAAGAGUGCGCGGCUGGUGCUGCGCUCUGGCGCGCACUUCCCCGCGCUGGGCCUCUGCGUCGCCCCAUCCAUGCAGCAGGAGCUGGCGGAGGGGGAGGGCGCGCUGCGCGCCACCGUCGCCGCCGUGGAGCGCGCGGUGGAGGUGCGCCUGGCGGACCUGGUGCGCUGCGCGCUCAACGCCGGCACGGGGGGGGUGACCGGGGGCCUGGCGACGCUGGACUCUGUGGCGCCCGCCCCGCAGCUCCUGGGCUUGGUGAAGGCGCGGGACGAGGUCCCGCUGCUCUUCGUCUGGACGGAGGGCGGCGCGGCCGAGCGCGACACCAUGGAGGGCAUCGCAACGGAGGUCCAGGGCACGGUGCGCGUCGUGCAUGCAGACACCUCUGCCUCGCCCCAGCUCCAGAAACUGGCCGCCUCCCUUGGUCUGAAGCGCUUCCCUGCCCUCCUGGCUUUUGCCGAGGGAAAGGAGGUGCUGCGGCGACAGGGCGAGAGGCUCAUCCCAGCCUCUUUGCGGCACACGUGCGUCACGCUCCUGCUCUCUCGGCCCCCCGCGGCGGGGACCGUCCCGCACACACCGGCGAAACAGGCUGAGGAGGACGGCAUAGCCCCGUCUCUGGCGCCGGCCUCGGCAAGCAAGGCGAUCGAGCAAUCCGCCAGGGUCAGCGCCCCAGGCGACAAGUCCAAGGCCGUGAAGGCCCUGAAGGCGGUGAAGAAGAGCCAGUGGAAGAAGACGAGGAAGCCUCGGUACUCCACUAGCUUCCACCGCCCCAAGACCCUGGUCCGCACCCGGGACCCCAAGUACCCGCGCGUCAGUGCUCCUGGCCAGCAGAAGCUCGACUCUUUCGCGGUCAUCAAGUACCCGCUGACCACCGAGUCCGCCAUGAAGAAGAUUGAGGACAACAACACCCUGGUCUUCAUCGUGGACAUCCGCUCCAACAAGCGCCAGAUCCGCGACGCCGUGGCCCGCCUGUACGACAUCCAGACCCGCAAGAUCAACACCUUGAUCCGCCCCGAUGGCGAGAAGAAGGCGUACGUGCGGUUGACGCCCGACUUUGAUGCGCUGGAUGUUGCCAACAAGAUUGGUAUCAUCUGA